AUGUCAUUGGUGUACGAUUUCGAUGAAGAGGAUCCUGUGCGGUCAUACCAGGCUGAGCUAGACUCGCCCUACUUUACAACGAAUACCAAACUACACGUACUAAUCUCGGGAGCAGGAAUUGCAGGUCUGAUGCUUGCUAUCUUGCUUGAGCACCUCGAUAUCUCAUAUGAGAUUCUAGGACUGACAAAGGAGAUCUUGGCUGCGUCAAAGCCCAUCCGAGAAUUCAACUUUUUUGGAGGAUCUAUGAAGAAAUUGGGCCAAUACUCUGACCAUGGCGCCUUCGAACGUGAAGGGCUACACGAGAUUCUGAUGAGCAAGGUGCCCCCAGAAAAGAUCCACAUGGGGAGGAAGGUCAAGACGCUGAAUCAAAGCGAAGAUGGGGUCGGACUUCGGUGCACAGACAAGACAGAGUUCUAUGGUGAUAUCCUUGUCGGAGCAGACGGAGCCUACAGUGCCGUUCGGCAGAACCUGUACUUUCAGCUGAAGCAGGAGGGACUGUUGCCCGAGUCCGAUACACGGGCCAUGAGCAAAGGGUACGUAUGUCUGGUCGGCAUCACGUCAGAGCUGGACCCUUCCUUGUUCCAGGGCAUUGAAGAACAAUAUUCCAGUGGGUCCAUCAUGAUCUCUGACAACUCACCAUACAAUUGGAGUACGUUCUCGGUCCCGGACAACAAAAUUUGUUGGAACGUGAUUAUUCAGUUGUCGGAAAAAGAGUCGGAGGAGGCACAGUUCAGGACAUCAGAGUGGGGCCCCGAGACGAGCGACAAGAUCCUUAAGCAGGUGGGUGAUUACAAGACACCUUUUGGAUCUCUGGGCGAUCUCAUCCGGGCCACGCCCCGGGAGUUGAUCUCCCAGGUCUUUCUGGAGGAUAUUCUUUACGAGACCUGGGCUCACGAACGUGUGGCGCUCAUUGGCGAUGCCUGUCAUAAGUUGCUACCAAAUGCAGGACAAGGAGCAGUGAAUGCGAUUCAUGACGCAGUCAUUUUGGCAAACUGUCUGUAUGAAAUCAAACCAAACCCAACACACGAGAACCUUGUUCGUGCUCUCCAAACCUACCGCGACGAACGGUACCCGCAUGUCAAGACUCAGCACUCUGCCAGUCAAAUCAGCGCCAAGAUCCAACUAGGACAUAACUGGGGAGAGAAAAUUCUGCGGUACUUUGCACUGAACAUGCUCCCGAAGAAGCUGCAAUUGAGGCAGGUGGUCAAGGACAGCGCAUACUCGCCCCAGGUCGCGUUCCUCCCUCAUGUGCCCAGGCGUGGAUUUGGUACUGUGCUCCCUCAGAAGGAGUGGGUCCAGGUCGACAAGGCGUAA